CUCCACACCGACCUACCGUACCUCAGGGACUCCGCAGUGAAAUACCAGAUCGUCAAUCGUCCAAAGGACAAACCCUCGAUACCGAAGCAAAACUCCCAACCACAAACAAGCAAGGAUGGAUCCCAUGGGUGGUUUAAGGGAUAUCAACUCCCUAGCCGACACCCCCAGAAGGCCAUUAAGUUCUGCUUUUAGUGAGAAUGAGGAAGAUAUGGCGGAUGUUGAUUUCGGAACUCGUUCCGAUGCAGCCCUAUUAGAGGAAGGGGAUUACACAUCUGAUGAGGACGGCGUACCAAGGCAGGGUCGAAGGACAGGGCAUGCGAGAACUUCCUCUACAAUCUACGACAGAACAGCAUCAACCAAAAUCAAUGCGAUACCGAUCCGAGAUCUAAAACAACAACCCGAAAGCAAGAUUCGGACCAUCAUCAGGAAUUUCAGGAAAAAUCCCGAGAAGCCCCUCUCCCGAGCCCGCGUAGUCUUCCGCGCCUUUUCCCUGAUCGCUUCGGGAACGGUUCUGGGAGCGACAGCGCACAUGCUCUGGCAUUACCUCGACACAAAAUACGAUUUACAUAACGGAAAAUUGAUCUGGCCAGCGGACCUCACCAUCAUGCCCACAGCGCUCAUGUUGUCUAUAGCAGUUUACACAUUCUUGACCGACUUGGGUUUUCUCAUCGGGAGUGCCUGGAAAAACUUUCGGUACUUGAAAAACAAAACCGCCGCCACCAUAGUUGCCCUGAAUUCGUUGACCAGCUGUAUCGGCUGGAUCCUCUCAAUAUUGUUCUCCCAUCAACAACGAGAUAGACCAACCCUGCUCUGGGUCUGUUCCGUGAAAGGCAAUCCCAAAUCGGCCCAAGAUUCGGAGGGUUCCCCUAUGGACUUUGCUCUCCAUUGCAGUGAAUUGAAUUUCACAUGGAUAGCUGCCUGUAUUGUUGCCAGCGCGCAAGGGCUCGUAGUAUUCACCAUCAUCUUCAGCUGUUGCGGCGGCCGCCCCAAGAAGCCAAAGUUUAAGGCACCGAAAGAUGUCCUCCCCGUAGGACGUUGGUCUUCAUUCGUUGAUGGAACCACCGAAUGGGUGAAUGAAAAGAUCAAGUUAUUAAAAAGGUGA